AUGGAAUUCAAACGGGAACCACGCAUGAAUCAAAUGGCCAUGCAGCAAGCACAACAACCAGCGAGUUUGGGACCGGCUAGUGUCAAAUACCUUGAAGAACUGAAAACAGAAGUGUCACAAGUUGACUCAGGUGCACUAUCACACGCAGCAAGACUUUUAAAUGAUGAAAUCAAGAGAGUGGAACAAGGUAAUGCCAAGAAGCAGGUCCCAACAGUGGAAGCACAUCACUCAAGACCACAAGGUGUUGCUCUGAAAGUGAAGAUUCCCGUUAGAGAUUUUCCCAAGUUCAAUUUUGUUGGGAAGCUUCUUGGACCCAAAGGAAUGUCACUGAAGCGGUUACAGGAGGAGACUGGAACCAAGAUGUCAAUUUUGGGGAAGGGCUCCAUGAGAGACAAAAACAAGGAAGAAGAGAUGAAGAAAGAAGGUGGAAAGUACGCACAUUUAAAUGAAGAUCUUCAUCUUCUCAUAGAAGUGUACAGUGAAGUGUCUGAUUGUUAUGCCAGACUAUCCCAUGCAGUUUCAGAGGUGCAAAAAUUCUUGACACCAGAUUACAAUGAUGAGAUUUCACAGCAGCAGAUGGAGGAGAUGAUGUUCCUUAAUGGUGAGAAGCCAGCACCAGGGGGUGUUGGUGGUGGGCGUGGAAGGGGACGUGGAGGUCCUCGAGGGGCUGGUCGUGGUGGAAUCCUUGGUGGAGGACCCACUGGAGGAGCUGGUGGUAGAGCUGCACCUCCAGGCAGGUCAGUGUCACACAGGGGUGCCCCAAGAGGUGGUUCUACAAUUGGUGCAGCUAGAGGGACCCCACGAGGUGCCCCAUCAGGAAGGGGAAGACCAGCUCCACCACCAGCACAAAACACCAGCUACAGCGAUUACUCAAACCAGGGAUAUGAAGAAUACUCAGAUCCGUAUGCGAGGGAAACUUAUGAUGCAAGUUAUGGAGGCGGGGAUACUCAAUACUUUGACUAUGGGCAUGGAUCAAGUGCAGCAGGUGGAUAUGAAGAAACCGGAUAUGAGGGAGAAUAUGACCAAGCAGGAUAUGGUGAGACAGGUGGUGGCUGGGGAUCAUCCAAUAGCCAGAUGAAAGCUCCAUCAACACGAGGGAGUCGGGGACAGUUCAGACAACAUCCAUAUGGAGGUGGCCGUGGAGGGGGAUCUUAUUAGGACCAAAGCAAUUUGACCUUCAGUUCAUCACCUAUUUGAAUCUUAGUGGACAUUUGUACAUAGGACAUCCAUCAUCUCAUCUUGAGGUACAUGUACUGCCAGUACCAUCAUUUCCCCUUUCUCUGGACAUAAACAUCCAGUUGUGGACUCUUGUUACAAGUAGUAACAUAAAACAUCAUAGGACAAACAAAUAAAUGGGCCUUCCAAGUGGUACUCAAUGUGUUUAAAUUGUAGGGUCCUUCAACAUGUUUUAUAGUCCAUGGUCCUUGAAUGUGUAAAAAAAGUCUAGGUUCCAACUCAAUGUCCUGCUGUGUUUAAAAGAGGAUUAAAUACAUAAACUUUUCUCCUGUCAAUUAAAACAUGAAUGUUGUGAACCAUGGAUAUGCUGUGUAGGUAGUCCUUUUAAUGGUAGACUUUUUACUCGCUGUUAAAUCAUUUAAACACAUUGUAAUCAUGUUGUCAUGUCUGUCAGAAAUACAUCAUUGUUGUCAUUUGCAUCCAAAAAAAUUUAAAUGCAAUAAAAAAAAACUGAAAAAUAGUGAAUACUGAA